CUUCUAUCGUACCCUCUCUCUUUCACUAUCGGCAAAUGGCUAGAUUCCACGAAUACCAAGUGGUUGGUCGCAAGCUCCCUUCCGAGCAAGACCGUACUCCCAAGCUCUACCGUAUGAGAAUCUUUGCUCCCAAUGAUGUUGUAGCCAAGUCUCGUUUCUGGUACUUUUUGGCCAAGCUCCGCAAGGUCAAGAAGACUGCUGGUGAAAUCGUGUCUGUCAACGAAAUCUUCGAAAAGCGUCCUGAACAAAUCAAGAACUUCGGUAUCUGGCUUCGUUACGACUCUCGUUCUGGUACUCACAACAUGUACAAGGAAUACCGUGGUAUGUCUCGUGUUGAAGCUGUUAGCACUUGUUAUCAAGAUAUGGCUGCUCGUCAUCGUUCUCGCUUCGGUAACAUUCAAAUCAUCCGCGUUGCUGAAAUUGCUGUUGCUGAUGUUCGUCGCCAAUACAUCAAGCAAUUGUUGGCUCCCAAGCUCGCCUUCCCCUUGCCUCAUCGUCACCAACGUAUCGAAAAGUCUCAUCGCUCUCUUUUCCAAGCCAAGCGUCCUUCUACCUUCUAUUAGAUCCCCCCAUCAUUUUACAUUAUCUCUCUUAUAUUUUAGUUUAGGAUAGUAUUUGGACAAACUUUUUGAAUAAAUAAUAAAAAAUAAAAAAAAUAAAAGGGAUUUGGACAAUAUGAA